AAUCACACUAUUUUAAGAAUCAUUCUUCUAUAGUAACUCAUGCAAUUCAAGUAAUUGCUUAGAAUUGCAACAUGAUGUGGAUAAGUUCGUUAACUUUCCUUUUCCUCGCUUCCUGUGCUUUGGCUAAUGAUGAAUUAGGGGAUGCCACCAAAAUUUUUCCCGACAAUUUCUUCAUUGGUGUCGGUUCUGCGGCAUAUCAAGUGGAAGGCGCCUGGGAUAUAGAUGGAAAAGGGCCUAGCUGGUGGGACUAUUAUCUGAACCAAGGCAUCAGUAGAACUGCAGAUGGAAAGAAUGGCAACGAAGCGGCCGAUCACUACCACAAAUACAAAGAGGACAUUGACAUCAUGAAGAAUAUUCAUGCGGAAUAUUACAGAUUCUCAAUUUCUUGGUCUCGAAUUUUGCCUACUGGUUUUGCUAACGAAACCAACCAGGCUGGCAUCGACCAUUACCUGGAUGUACUCAGGACACUUAAAGAGAACAAUAUUAGUGCAGCCGUCACGUUGUACCAUUGGGAUCUUCCAGAAAAUCUGGAACAGUAUGGGGGCUGGUUGAAUGAGCAAACCGCCGUUUGGUUUGGAGAAUACGCCAGAUUGGCUUUCGAACUGUUUGGGGAAUAUGUCGACUAUUGGCUCACAAUUAACGAGCCUCACGUAUUUUGCCUUGGAGGGUAUGGGUCCUAUAAUGGAAUGGGCUUUAUGAGCCCGGGACAAAGUGACCCGAAUGCCACGAAGAUUUACCAGUGCAGUAAAGUAGCUCUUUUGGCGCAUGCUACUGCUUAUCACAUUUACGAUGAAGAGUUUAGAGCUAGGCAAGGAGGUAAAAUCACAUUGGUUACCGACAGUUCUUGGUACGAACCAAUUUCAAACGACACCAAAGACUUGGAGGCUUGGGAUAGAGAACUUCAGUUCCAGCUUGGUUGGUUUGCACAUCCAGUAUAUCUGGGAAAUUGGCCACAAGUGAUGAUUGAUCGAAUUGGGGAAAGAAGCAAAGGUGAAGGAUUUGCAACCAGUCGAUUACCAGAGCUCAGCCCGGAAGAGAUUGAUUUCAUCAAGGGAACUUUUGAUUAUUUUGCUUUGAAUACAUAUUCCAGCACUCUAAUUGGUUGGGCAGAUGAUGCCCCCAUCUCUGAGCCAUCUUACGAUUUGGACACUUGCGUGUAUGCCACUUCAGAUCCAUCUUGGCAAGCAGCAGAGGUUGGAUAUGUGGUUUCUUGGCCGAUGGGAAUCAGAAAACUAGUUAACUGGAUCAACGACAACUACAACCCUGGGGAAAUUUUUGUCACUGAAAAUGGAUGGACCAGCGAUGAUUCUCUGGAGGAUAACGAUAGAUAUGUGUAUCUGAAUGGCUAUUUGAAAAAUAUUCUCGAUGCCAUCUACCUGGACAAUGUCCCAGUUACUCAUUAUACUGUUUGGGCUUUGCUGGAUACUUUCGAGUGGGGCAGUGGAUACACGGUUAAAUUUGGGCUGAUUGACGUCGAUUUUGAAAGUGAGAACAAGACCAGGACCUACAAACAGUCUGCCCGAUGGUUCAAGACUGUUGCUCAGCACAGAUGUCUGGGGUGUUUGUAAACAACAAAUUAUUUGAAAUAAAAAUAUUGAUAUUA